UCUGCGGCGAGGCCCGAGUCGGGAGCGUGUGCGCCUGCGCGGCGCGGGCGGGGCCUCUGGGGCGGAGCGGCCACCAUCUUGGAACGGGAGGCGGAGCAGAGCCGACUGGGAGCGACCGAGCGGGCCGCCGCCGCCGCCAUGAACCCCGAAUAUGACUACCUGUUCAAGCUGCUUCUGAUCGGCGACUCGGGCGUGGGCAAGUCCUGCCUGCUGCUGCGGUUCGCUGAUGACACGUACACUGAGAGCUACAUCAGCACCAUCGGGGUGGACUUCAAGAUCCGCACCAUCGAGCUGGAUGGCAAGACCAUCAAACUGCAGAUCUGGGACACAGCGGGGCAGGAGCGCUUCCGGACCAUCACCUCCAGCUACUACCGGGGCGCACACGGCAUCAUCGUGGUAUACGACGUCACCGACCAGGAGUCCUACGCCAACGUGAAGCAGUGGCUGCAGGAGAUCGACCGCUACGCCAGCGAGAACGUCAACAAGUUGCUGGUGGGCAACAAGAGCGACCUGACCACCAAGAAGGUGGUGGACAACACCACGGCCAAGGAGUUCGCAGACUCGCUGGGCAUCCCCUUCCUGGAGACAAGUGCCAAGAACGCUACCAACGUGGAGCAGGCCUUCAUGACCAUGGCCGCCGAGAUCAAAAAACGCAUGGGGCCAGGGGCCGCCUCGGGGGGCGAGAGGCCCAACCUCAAGAUCGACAGCACCCCUGUCAAGCCUGCGGGGGGCGGCUGUUGCUAGGAGGCCGGGGGCGGAGGGGCACCUUCCCAGAUGAUGCCCAGAGGGCGGGAGGCGCUCCCCUCUCCCGGGGCAUUUGAGUCUGGCUUUGGGGUGUCCCGGGCCCCCCUCUCCUUCCGGCCCGUCUGUGUGCUGCCCUGAGCCCGGGGAGGACACCCAGGGCCCGCGGCUCUGCUGCUGCCCGUCACUUUACUGGUCCUCACCACUGCGGGGUGAGGGCUCCCCUUCCCGCCCCCACACCGCUGGGGGUCCCCAGCUCCCGGAGCCCAGGCCCCCUGGCUGGACCCGCCUCCCGGCAGGUAGGGCCCAGGGUCUCCGGGACCUGGAGUCCAGGACCCGGGGCUGGACCUCAGGACAGGCUCGGGGGCCACGGGCCGGCGCCCCCCCUGGCCUCCUGCCUGGCUCCCCGCCCAGCCCCCGCCUUGCAGCCUUCGGACCAGUGGGCUCGGGCCGGUGGGCGGGCAGCGCACUGGGCCUGUGUCUGGGCCCAGAGGGAGCCUUUUCGUGCUGCGCCGCCCAGUGCCGCCUGCCCACCGUGCCCCUUUGUCCCCGAGGCCGCGGAGGCGGCAGAGGCUGCUCGGGCACCAGCCUUAACCCUCACUCUGCCGGCGCCGCUUCUCCCAGCCUUGGAGCCGCACCCCUGUCGCUCCUCCUGGGGGCAGGGGGCGCAGCCAGGGUCGGGCCCUCUGCUCACCCCUCCCACCAGGCCCUGCCCCCGCCCUUGGCGCAGCUGCCCCUGCAGGAAACCAAACCUCCGUCUGCCCCGGAGCCGCUGCGCUUCCCCGCUGGCCCACCUGUGCCCGCCCUCCAGCUUGUAUUUAAGUCCUUGGGGUGCCCCCGCCCCCAGGUUCCCCUCUGGUGUCAUGUCAGGCAUUUUGCAAGGAAAAGCCAAUUGGGGAGAGAUGGAAAAGGACACACACAAAAAACAAUAAAUUUCCACUGGCCCUCCGG